UAAAACUCUUCUAAACUGAUGUAAACGUGCGCUUAUACAUCUGAAUACCUUGUAAGCAUUCUCUUUGUUAUAAAGCCAUAAGAUAUUUAUAAUAGAAGUUAUUUUGUGUGAAUUAUAAGCAAAUUGGUUGUUCAGAGCCAUGUCUCGUAAAGAGAACGUGCUCGGCGAUGUUUUGUCUCGUUACGGGAAACUCAUGAGACACGGCGAUACUUCGUUAGACAGUCGAGAUCGAUCAUUUCGUUCGGCUAAAGACAAACGACACUCAUCCGCGCGUCGGAACCGCAGACCCUCUCCAUCCGAAAGCAGCUCGACAAGCAUCGCACCUUACGACUCGAAAGGGUCUCGGAAAGCACGAGCAUGGGGAACAAUGGUACGAACUGUUUCGGGUGAUAUUCGAGAGAAAAUAUUGAAAACGUGGGGUGACCAACCGAUGAUUUUGGACAUAGUGGACUCGGGUCAUAAGUGGCGAUCGCUAAUGUCGGAACUCGAACUGAGUUCGGCUGCUCGAGAUGACUUUUUGAUGUUACUCCAGAUGAUGGAGGAUAGACACGCUCAAAUUAGCAGCUCAAGUCUCAAAAAAAUAGCAACUGAAGUUGGCGUUCACCACGUCAGGCGGAUGCUCCAGUGUGGUCCAUUGCAAGGAGGUGUGAUGGAUGCUCAUUUCCCGCCGGAUUUUGGUAUGGGUGGACCCCGUGGACCACCCGUUCCAGUGGGACUCCCCUCGGGUCCUCCGAUGAUGACGGGACCCCCUUCUGGACCUCCCAUGAUGACGGGUGGGUUUGGUCCACCUGCAAUGGCUCCUGGCGACAUUUAUACCGAUUUGAAACAUGGCAUCGACAAAAUCCAAGACGCCAACUUCCACCUAAACAUGCAGACCCUAACCAAUGCAGCCCAGAAAACAGACGCCGAACGAUCUCUAUUUUCUGAACUACGACGACGAAACGAAGACUUAAAAGACACGCGUGAAGACCUUAAAGUAGACCGGUUGAAGCUAGCCAAGGAAAAUGCCGAACAGAAACAGUUAAUUGACCAAUUACAGUGCGACUUGAAAAUUGCCAAUGAGGUUGCAGAUCAACAAAGUAAGAGGUCACGUGAGACGGAAGAAGCGACGAAACGAGAACUAGAAAGUCUGGACGCUGGAAUCAAAGAACUAGAAGUGAAAUUGUGCGAAACUUCAAAGAGAAAUGCAGUUCUUUCGGAGGAAAAGGAGUCGUAUAAAGCACACAAUGAUGCACUGUUGAAGGAGGUCGAACGGCAGGAUAAAGUGAUUCGGAAAAUGGGCCGACAGAUAGACUCGUACACGACUAUCAACUCGGAUUUCACCCAUAUGGUGGAACCAAUGUUCAAACUAGUCAGAGCUCUCAAGGAACGUCUUGACGAGUACGACGUGAUGCGAGAACGUCUUUGCAACAACAUCCGGGACAUCAAAGAUGACAAAGAGUACGCACACCGGGUGGGGGACUUAGUAGUUGAGAUGACCACUUCUAGACUGUACCGAAUCAUGGAACAGUACACGGACAACAACGGAAGACUCCAUGCACAUAUAGAGGAUCUGCAGGAGAUGACGAGACACAUGGACAAGGCUAUGGAGUCACUUAAAGAUGACGUCAGACACGAGAAUAUGUACUGAAACUUCAUUCAAUAAAAUACAGACAAAUAUGGAAUUUCAAAACUCAGGAUCUCACUUUAAUCAUCUGCAGGAUCUCUUCCCAAGAAAGUCUAAGAACUUUGAUCCCUAGUUGAAAUUAUCAAUUCCGUGUUUGCUAUCUUUCAUUGGCACGAUAACGCAGAACUAACAUCACGGGCCGUGGUUCCCAAUAUUUUUUUCCGUAUAUUGAAACAUCAUUUUAGUACCUGCUCUUUUAGCUAAAUUUGACACCUUAAUUAAUUCGCUCAUUUAUAAACGCAACAUCAGCGCCAAUAUAAUGUUCAGCAAAAACAUUUUAUUUCUCAUUUUUUACGUGUAGUUUUUCAGAUAUAGUUUCAUCUUAAAACUACAUAUGUCGGAUUUAAAAGUAUAUUGUCUGAUUAAUGCCCUCAAAAAAAAAUUGGUAAAUUUACUCUUUGAUGCACA